GGCUGCGGGCGGGAGCGGCGGGACUGAGCGACGCGAGCGGGCCGCCACCGCCGAGCAGCCCUCCGGCAGUCUCCGCGUCGGUUCGCCCGCGCGUCCUCCGCGAAUCGGCGGCGGGUCCGGCAGCCGAAUGCAGCCCCGCAGCGAGCGCCCGGCCGGCAGGACGCAGAGCCCGGAGCACGGCAGCCCGGGGCCUGGGCCCGAGGCGCCGCCGCCGCCGCCACCGCCGCAGCCGCCGGCCCCCGAGGCAGAGCGCACGCGGCCCCGGCAGGCUCGGCCCGCAGCCCCCAUGGAGGGAGCCGUGCAGCUGCUGAGCCGCGAGGGCCACAGCGUGGCCCACAACUCCAAGCGGCACUACCACGACGCCUUCGUGGCCAUGAGCCGCAUGCGCCAGCGCGGCCUCCUGUGCGACAUCGUCCUGCACGUGGCCGCCAAGGAGAUCCGUGCACACAAAGUGGUGUUGGCCUCCUGCAGCCCGUACUUCCACGCCAUGUUCACAAAUGAGAUGAGCGAGAGCCGCCAGACCCACGUGACGCUGCACGACAUCGACCCUCAGGCCUUGGACCAGCUGGUGCAGUUUGCGUACACGGCUGAGAUCGUGGUGGGCGAGGGCAACGUGCAGACUCUGCUCCCAGCCGCCAGCCUCCUGCAGCUGAAUGGCGUCCGAGACGCCUGCUGCAAGUUCCUGCUGAGUCAGCUCGACCCCUCCAACUGCCUGGGCAUCCGGGGCUUUGCCGAUGCGCACUCCUGCAGCGACCUGCUCAAGGCCGCCCACAGGUACGUGCUGCAGCACUUCGUGGACGUGGCCAAGACCGAAGAGUUUAUGCUGCUGCCCCUGAAACAGGUGCUGGAACUGGUCUCUAGUGACAGCCUAAACGUGCCUUCGGAGGAGGAGGUCUACCGAGCAGUCCUCAGCUGGGUGAAACAUGACGUGGACGCCCGCAGGCAGCAUGUCCCACGGCUCAUGAAGUGUGUGCGGCUGCCUCUACUGAGCCGCGACUUCCUGCUGGGCCACGUGGAUGCCGAGAGCCUGGUGAGGCACCACCCUGACUGCAAGGACCUUCUCAUCGAGGCCCUGAAGUUCCACCUGCUGCCCGAGCAGAGGGGCGUCCUAGGCACCAGCCGCACGCGGCCCCGGCGCUGUGAGGGGGCCGGGCCUGUGCUUUUUGCUGUGGGCGGUGGGAGCCUGUUUGCCAUCCACGGAGACUGUGAGGCCUAUGACACGCGCACCGACCGCUGGCACGUGGUGGCCUCCAUGUCCACGCGCCGGGCCCGGGUGGGAGUGGCUGCGGUGGGGAACCGGCUGUAUGCUGUGGGCGGCUAUGACGGGACCUCAGACCUGGCUACCGUGGAGUCCUACGAUCCCGUGACUAACACGUGGCAGCCGGAGGUGUCCAUGGGCACGAGGCGAAGCUGCCUGGGUGUGGCCGCCUUGCACGGACUCCUGUACUCGGCUGGCGGCUAUGACGGGGCCUCCUGCCUGAACAGUGCCGAACGCUACGACCCCCUGACCGGAACGUGGACAUCCGUCGCUGCCAUGAGCACCCGGAGGCGCUAUGUGCGAGUGGCCACGCUUGAUGGGAACCUGUAUGCCGUGGGCGGCUACGACAGCUCCUCACACCUGGCCACUGUGGAGAAGUAUGAGCCCCAGGUGAACGCUUGGUCGUCCGUGGCGUCCAUGCUAAGCCGACGCAGCUCAGCAGGUGUGGCCGUGCUGGAGGGUGCCCUGUACGUGGCAGGGGGCAACGACGGGACCAGCUGCCUCAACUCGGUAGAGAGAUACAGUCCCAAGGCCGGAGCCUGGGAGAGCGUGGCGCCAAUGAACAUCCGCAGGAGCACGCACGACCUGGUGGCCAUGGAUGGAUGGCUGUACGCCGUGGGGGGUAACGAUGGUAGCUCCAGCCUCAAUUCCAUCGAGAAGUACAACCCGAGGACCAACAAGUGGGUGGCCGCGUCCUGCAUGUUCACACGGCGUAGCAGUGUGGGUGUGGCGGUGCUGGAGCUGCUCAACUUCCCGCCGCCGUCCUCGCCCACGCUGUCCGUGUCCUCCACCAGCCUCUGACCCCCCCACCCCCAGAGGCCUGCAGCCUCCCACAUGCCUUAAGGGGGCCGUGGCCCCCACCAGGGACAUCUUGCAUCUUCUGUUCACGUCUCUGCGUCCAUUCCUUCGUGUCUAUAUUUAGUUGUUUAUUUAUUUAGUUAUUUAUCUUAUUUAUUGAGGGGUGAGCAGUGCUGCGGCCGCCCGUCCUCCCCUCCACUGCCUGCAUGGCGGGCAGCCGGGAGUGACCAGGUCGGGGCCUCGCUGCCCCAGGGCCAUUGCCUGCUCAGACCCUGCAGGCCGCGGAGCCAGAGGCCCUGGGGCUUUCCAAGCAGCUGCAGACCCCAGCUCGAAUUUUGCACACGGCGGGGUCCCGGGAAGGGUGGGGAGCAGGUGUCCUUCCUGUCAUCGUCUGCUUUGUGCCGUCUUCCCUGGAUCUUGUAGUGGGUGCACACGUGUGCACUCGGGCCCCACACAGCAAUACAAUCCCAACUUGAACAAUAAACACAUUUCUGGGGCUUCCCAGGCUGAGCAUC